CCCCUCCGCCCCCUGCCAGAGGACUUUAUCAGUCCGCAGACACGGGUGAUCCAGAGCGGUCUCCGUGUGUGCCACAGACGGUAUGACGUGGCCCCUGGUCCCGCUGGUCCUGCUGGGUCUGCUCAGACCCUGCUCCGCUGUGACCCCCUUCACCCAGCAAUGUGACUCAUCCACCGAUGACACCAUUUACAACUACCACGCCAAGACUCUAAAUGGGAGUCACACUGUGAAUUUCAGUGAAUUCAGAGGCAAGGCUGUCCUCUUCAUCAAUGUGGCUACGUACUGAGGAUACACCUACCAGUACGUAGAACUGAAUGCACUACAUGAAGAAAUGAAACCACUUGGACUCACUGUGCUUGGCUUCCCCUGUAACCAGUUUGGAAAACAGGAACCAGGGCAAAGACAUGAGAUCCUGCCGGGUUUAAAGCAUGUCAGACCAGGCAAUGGAUUUGUUCCUAACUUCCUGUUGUUCGAGAAGGGUGACGUGAACGGAAAAGAUGAGCAGAAGGUUUUCACUUUCCUUAAGAGCUCCUGCCCUCCCGUUGGAGACACCCUGGGUGACCCCUCUAGACUGUUCUGGGAGCCAAUGAAGAUCAGCGACAUCAAGUGGAACUUUGAGAAGUUUUUGGUGGGGCCUGAUGGGAAGGCUGUAAAGCGGUGGCACCCAAGUGUCAACAUUUCUGAGAUUCGAUCUGACAUUCACAAAUACCUGAUGCAAAUAUUCACGCAGAGGAUGUUUGAUUAGGAGCAUUGGCGUGACACUCUUCAUCUAAUGGAAUAACUGUAGUGACGUAAACAAGAUUAAUAAAUAGAGCUUAGAGUAGAAAGGUGUUGGUGUCAGUGUAAUGGUAUUUAACAGAUACUGGUGCAUGAAGAUGACAUGUUGAAUGAAGAGGCGGCUUGAAAACAGAACCUCUGUGGUGCCUCCUCUGAGUCUGGGGUCCAAGCCAGCUCUUUAGUGCAUUCAGGCUGCCUUGUAAUCCCACAGAAUCAUGUCAGCUUCCCAACCCAGGACCUGUGAACCAUUCAAGCCUAAAUGUUAAUUACUUCCAAUAAAUCAUGAAGAAACA